GCAGUGUCCGCCAUUGAGGACCCACGAUCAGAAGGAAAGGGUCAGAAUCGCUUCGAUAGGCGAAGGCGCACGUUUCCUUUAUUCUUGAAUCCAAACUUUGCCAACAUCCAUACGUCUCCUACUGUAUAAUAAUAUAUAUUCGUUUUAAUUCAUGGAUGGCAGAUUUAGAUAUUUUAUAGCAAUUUGAAGUAACCUAUCUAGCUAACGUUAGUCCGCUGUGAAGCUUACGAGUGAGGUUAGCUAGCUAGCUACCGUGCUAGCUUUAGCUACACGAACUGAGCCUUGCUCUGGGGCAGUGUGUCUGCAGUGUCGUUUGAUGGAUCCAAGAAUCGCUUGGUUUCAGCCAGAACAACGUGGGCCAGCCAACAGCCUGUGGAUGCAGAUUUGGGAAACAACUCAAGGACUGGGGAAUCUGUACUUCAAUAACAACUGUAACACGGGUGGUUUGUCAAGCCUCAGUCCGAAAAAGAACAUCAACGGGACAUUGGGUAACGUGAUCUCGUGUAAGAACGGAGCUGUCACUAACAGCGAACCCCGGAAUCAGGGAAUGUCCAACUCAACGAAAGACAGAGAUGUAGUCGAACAACGAGACUUUAUUCCGUUGGAAGCAAAUAACAACCACAACAACCGUUCAUCGUUGGGGAGGGGCGGCGCAGGGGGACACGUGUGUACUCGGGUCUCUGGGGUCUCAGGACACCCCAACAAAAGGAAAAGAGACAACAAGGCUAGCACUUAUGGAUUCAACAGUAGCCUCGAGACCGGAGGCUGUGGUUACACGGGAACACCAUGGAAAGUCAAGAACUACUCUGAAGGAAUCUUGGGGCUCCAUGAGGAGAUCAAUGACUUCUACAAGCACAUGUCUCCUCGGGCGGAGGAGGAGAGGAUGAGGAUGGAGGUGGUGGACAGGAUCGAGAGGGUCAUCAAAGACCUGUGGCCCACUGCUGACGUUCAAGUAUUUGGGAGUUUCAGCACGGGCCUCUAUCUGCCAACCAGUGACAUCGAUCUGGUGGUGUUUGGGAACUGGGAAAACCUGCCCCUUUGGACCCUGGAAGAGGCCCUGCGGAAGAAAAACGUGACUGACGAGAACUCCAUCAAAGUGCUGGACAAGGCCACGGUACCCAUCAUCAAGCUGACAGACUUCCGCACAGAGGUGAAGGUGGACAUCAGCUUCAACGUGAAGAAUGGAGUCAAAGCUGCCCUUCUCAUCAAAGACUACAAAAAAAAAUACCCAGUGCUUCCAAAGUUGGUUCUGGUGCUGAAGCAGUUUCUGCUCCAGAGGGAUCUGAAUGAGGUUUUCACUGGAGGGAUCGGCUCCUACAGCCUCUUCCUUAUGGCUGUCAGCUUCCUGCAGCUUCACUACAGAGAAGAUGCGUGCAGCCCCAAUGCCAACGUGGGCGUUCUCCUUAUAGAGUUCUUUGAGCUCUAUGGGCGCCACUUCAACUACCUGAAGACGGGCAUCCGGAUCAAAGAUGGCGGCAGCUACGUGGCCAAAGACGAGGUUCAGAAGAGCACUGACCUCUACAGGCCCUCCAUGCUCUUCAUUGAGGACCCCCUAGCCCCAGAUAACGACGUUGGCCGCAGCUCAUACGGUGUGUUGCAGGUGAAGCAGGCCUUUGACUAUGCCUACGUAGUGCUCAACCACGCCGUAUCGCCCAUCGCCAAGUACUACCCCAACAACGAGUCUGAGAGUAUACUCGGCAGAAUAAUUCGGGUGACCCAGGAAGUGGCUGAAUACAGGGACUGGAUCACCAAGCUCUGGGGACCACAGUCUCAGAAUGAACCUACCCUGAAUGGAAAUGAUGUCACACUGUUAGUGAAGCCUCAGCGGCUGGACGAGUGCAACAACAACCUGACGGAGGAGGUGACUGCAUCUCGCAGCAAGACCUCCUCCAACUCCUCCUCAUUAGCGUCAUCCUCAUCCUCCACGGUAUCCAGUUCCAGCGACGUUGAUUCUGACGGGACGCCCUGUAAGACAGUGAAGCAGCUGCCUGGGCGGGGCUCCAGCGCCCACAGAGAAUCCUCAGGUGGCGUGACCAAUCACAGAACACAGAGCCACACCACCAGCACUCCUACUGACAACAAGGGGGCCAAGGCCAGGUUGUUCCGCUCGUCUAGUAAAAACACCCACCACGUCCAGCAGAACUCGUCCUCAUCCAACAUCAAGAGUCACCCGAGCAGCAAGCCACACUACCAAGGCAACAGCAAGAAGAGGAAACCUCAGCAGCACUCCGAGGCCCAGGACCUCUGCAGAUAGGGCCGUCUUGGUCUGCAACAGACUGACAGCUUGACUGUCCCACUUCUGCUGCCAGACCACAUACUGACUGAGGAGUAGUAUUAAGGAUCUUCCUUCUCUCAAGCGACACGCAUCUUUUUAUAGCUGAAAAAUAUCCCCAAAAAAGAAAUGGGAAAUGCUGGGGCUUAGUUCUUGAAAGAAAUGCUAAUUUUCUUCCUUGACAUAAACAUGUUCUACAGUGGAGCUACACACCACAUCCAGUACCUACAAAUCUUCCCUUUUACCAUAGCACCAUCUGGUGUUUGAGGAAUAAGUGUCUGGAAAGUAAUGUGGAUUUUUAUGAGCAAUACCUGGAACUUGGCUGGCGAACAUACUUCAGCAAGAAGUUUUUUUUUUAAGGAAUAAAAUAACAAAUGUAUAAAAUGUUAUAUUGAAGAGAGAGAAAAUGUACACAGAUCGACAGACUAAACCCCAAAAUGCAAUCUGUAAGUGGAGACGAUAACUUCAUGUUGAUGGGCGGGUAUUUUUUGGUUCUAUAAGCAGAUUAUACAAAGAUUUGUACAAAAAGAAACAUGUGGAAAAAAUUAUCACAAAUAAAUUGACUUUUUACAGGAUAAUACUGAUUCAAGGCAAAUGUAGAUGUGCACAUUUGCCUGCUAAUCUGAGUAGUGGCAGGUUUGGGUUUCAUUACAAACAUAAAUCAUCAGCAUUCUAUUUCUACUUGGCUGCUCUCUCUCAAUGUGUUUGACAGGCUUCUUUCCAAAUUAUACCCCCUUCCCUAUAUAGUACACUACUUUCACUAAAUAGGGAAUAGGGUGCCAUUUGGGAUGAACUAACAGUGUUAGCAGUUGGCCUUAGUCAGGUAACGUGCACACACACAGCCCUAUAGAUUACUGGCUGGCUGGGGACAAAUCACUCAUUCAUACACACAGCUCUAUAUUACAACAGCAAUGUUUUUAGAGGUUUUCCCAGACUCAUAGAAUUACAGUUAGAGGACAUAAUGAUUUUAGAAAAAGUAUACAAUAUAUUUCAAAGAUCCAUAGGUGUGGGAGGUAAUCUUUUCCCUUUGGUAAUUUACCCAUUUUAUGAAAAUGUAUUUGUUAUGAAUAUAUAGUUACUAUACACGUUAUAUGUAUUAACACUAGAGUCCAUACUCUUGUCUUAUAUUUGGAUGGGACUAGUGGGGAUAUUGGAAGUAUAAUUGGUCAGGUAUAGUACGAAUGUUGCUGUUUCCCCUUUUUUCCCCUUUCAGUGAUGAGUGACCAAGUUAGUUCGGAAACCAUUUUAUGAGUCACAAGUGACAAUAUGUGGCUGGUCUACUUCAAAAGGGAGCUGAGUUUUUGUUCAGAAUAUAAUGCAAACAAACACAUCUUUGGUAAAGGGGUCAACAACCCCUUGCUGAAAUGUCCGGUAUGGCAACCUGAUUGCAGUUCCACAACUGACCUGUAGAUGGUGGCAUUACUCAACUCCUUUUUCACAACUGGCACCUGCAUACUGCAUUUAUACAUUUUCAGCGUCUUACAGUCAAGUAUUCAGACCCCUUAAUCCACAUCGUUACAUUACAGCCUUAUUCUAAAAUGUAUUAAAUUGUUUCUCCCCCCUCAAUCUACACACAAUACCCCAUAAUGACAAAGCAAAAACUGAAAUAACAUUUACAUAAGUAUUUAGACCCUUUGUUGAAGCACUUUUGGCAGCGAUUUACAGCCUUGAGUCUUCUUGGGUAUGACGCUACAAACAUAGCACACCUGUAUUUGGGUAGUUUCUCCCAUUCUUCUCUGCAGCUCCUCAAGCUCUGUCAGGUUGGAUGGGGAGCGUUGCUGCACAGCUAUUUUCAGGUCUGCAGAGAUGUUCGAUCAGGUUCAAGUCUGGGCUCUGGCUGGACCACUCAAAGACAUUCAGAGACUUGUCCCAAAGCCACUCCUAUGUUGUCUUGGCUGUGUGCUUAGGGUCUUUUUCCUGUUGGAAAGUGAACCUUCACCCCAGUUUGAGGUCCUGAGCACUCUGGAGCAGGUCCAUCAGGAUCUCUCUGUUCUUUGCUCUGUUAAUUUUUCCCUAGAUCCUGACUAGUCUCCCAGUCCCUGCUGCCACCACCAUGCUUCACCGUAGGGAGGGUGCCAGGUUUCUUCCAGACGUGACACUUGGCAUUCAGGCCGAAGAGUUCAAUAUUGGUUUCAUCAGACCAGAGAAUCUUGUUUAUCUAGUCCUUGAGAUGCCUUUUUGGAAAACUCCAAGCGGGCUGUCAUGUGCCCUUUACUGAGUGGCUUCCGUUUGGCCACUCUACCAUAAACACCUGAUUGGUGGAGUGCUGCAGAGAUGAUUGUCCUUCUGGAAGGUUCUCUCGUCUCCACAGAGGAACUCGAGAGCUCUGUCAAGAGUGACCAUCGGGUUCUUGGUCACCUCCCUGACCAAGGCACUUCUCCCCGAUUGCUCCGUUUGGCUGGGCGGCCAGCUCUAGGAAGAGACUUGGUGGUUCCAAACUUCUUCCAUUUAAGAAUGAUGGAGGCCACUGUGUUCUUGGGGCCAUUCAAUGCUGAAAGAAAAUUGAUUGUACCCUUCCCCAGAUCUGUGCCUUGACACAAUCCUGUCUCAGAGCUCUAUGGACAAUUCCUUUGACCUCAUGUGUUUUUUUGGGGGGGGUUCUCUGAAAUGCUCUGUCAAUUGUGGGACGUUAUAUAGACAGCCUCUCCAAUCAUGUCCAAUCAAUUGAAUUUACAACAGGUGAACUCCAAUCAAGUUGUGGAAACAUGAAGGAUGAUCAAUGGAAACAGGAUGCACCUGAGCUCAAUUUUGAGUCUCAAAGCAAAGGGAUACUUAUGUAAAUAAGUUAUUUAAAAAAAAAAAAAAAAUUCUAACCCUUUUUUUGCUUUGUCAUUAUGUGGUAUUGUGUGUAGAUUAUUUUAGAAUAAGGCUGUAACAAUGUUGAAAAAGUCAUUUCUGAAUCCACUGUGUGCACUAGCUAAUCACUGUUUCCCAACCUUGGUCCUUGAGUGUCCCCAACAUUACACAGUUUUGUUGUAGCCCUUGACAAACAACUCAGAGGGCUUGAUGGGAAAGGGGGAUACCUAGUCAGUUGUACAACAAUGCAUUCAACUUUAAUGUGUCUUCCGCAUUUAACCCCUCAAUCAGAGAGGGGGGGGGCUGCCAUAAUUGACAGCCACAUCUUCGGCCCCCCAGGAACAGUGGGUUAACUGCCUUGCUCAGGGGCAGAACGACCUUCUUUUUUUUUUUUUUUUUACCUUGUCACCUCGGGGAUUUGAUCCAGCAACCUUUCAGUUACUGGCCCAACACUAACCACUAGGCCACCUGCCUGAUGAUUAGUUGAAUCAGGUGUGCUUGUCCAGGGUUACAAUACUGUUGGGGGUACUAAAGGACCAGGGUUGGGAAACAGAGAUGAUCCACUGGCUGUUAUUACAUUUAUACACAUAGGGAAGUCUAAUUUUAGCUACAAUUAGAAUUUUAGCAAAUAUGUUAGACAACAUAUGGAAUUUUUAGAUGGUAAAAAAAUAUUGUCCUGGGAAAGUACAGUUUGGACCUAAAUGCAGUAUAUAUCUGCUAAUCUGUGAAUUUUAUUUGACACUUAGGGAACACAAGUCAGGAAACACUGAAUGAGUAAUCUGUGCCAUCACAAUCUGUAAUCAUAUCUUCUCACUGCAAAUACUUCAAAACUGUAUCGACUCAUCCAAAUUGUAGUUUAUACAGCUAUUCAAAUCCAUGCAAUAAAAUCCACAGUACAAUAACAAA